AUGGUAGAGUGUUUUGCUUUGAGUGGGGCUGAAGACUCCAAGAAGGACAACCUGAUUCGAGGUACUUGUUUUAUUAACAAUAUCAAAUUAGUUGCUAUUAUUGAUAUUGGUGCUACGCAUUCGUUUAUUUCGCUUGAUUGUGCUACUAUGUUAGGAUUGCAAUUGUCUUCUAUGGAUGGUAGUAUGGUAAUAGAUACUCUUGCGAGUUGUUCUGUUACUAUUACUUUUGUUUUUAAGGGACGUCCUUUGACUAUCUUUGAAAAGAUUUUUGUGAUGGAUUUAGUGUGUCUACCCUUGCACCAAAUCAAUGUGAUUCUUGAGGUGUUUCCGCAUGAUAUAAGUGAUUUUCCUCCGGAACAUGAAGUAGAGUUUUCUAUAGAAUUGGUGCCAGGUACAAAUUCGGUAUCAAUGGCUCCUUAUAGAAUGUCGGCUUCCGAUUUGAAUGAAUUGAAGAAGCAAUUGGAAGAGAUGCUCGAGAAGAAGUUUGUUUGA